GGUUUUGCUUCCAGGAGGUGCACUUGGCAAGCUUCUGGGAGGUAUCAUUGUUUCCAAGUUACACAUGUCUUGUAAAGCCCUUAUGAGAUUUACAAUCGUUACAUCUGUUAUAUCACUUGUAUUCUUUGGGUUUGUAAUUUUUGUACGCUGUGAUACAAUACCAUUUGCUGGGAUCAAUGCAGAUUAUGACGGAACAGGACAGUUGGGAAACCUGACAGCUCCUUGCAAUUCUCAUUGUAGAUGCUCAUCUUCACUAUAUUCUGCUAUAUGUGGAAGAGAUCAUAUUGGAUAUUUUUCUCCUUGCUUUGCAGGCUGUAUACAAUCUAAAAUAAUACAAGAUCACAAGGCAUACUACAAUUGUUCUUGCAUUCAAGAAGGGUUAACAACUGCAGAUGACCAAGGUGAUUUUAUUGACGCUAGACCUGGGACAUGUGAUGCAAAGUGCUAUAAAUUACCUUUGUUCAUUGCUUUUAUCUUUUCUACGAUUUUAUUUUCUGUUUUUUCUGGUGUACCAAACACCCUGACCAUCCUUCGGUUUUAUCAUAAGAACAAGGGGAAGCUGUUAAAGGAUCCUACGGGAGACAGUGAAGUAAUCAAAGUUUCACAGAUUGUAUCUGACAAUCAACGUUCUUUGGCCUUGGGUUUGGCCCUUGUGUUUUUGAGAAUAUUUGGGACUAUACCUGGACCAAUAGUUUUUAAAAUGACAGCAGAUAUUUCUUGUAUCUUUCGGGAGACUGAAUACUGUGGGGAUAAAGGAAAUUGUUGGAUCUAUAACAAGAUGAAAAUGGCCUACCUAUUGGUAGGAAUAUGUUGUAUUUGCAAAGUAGUCACUAUCUUCUUCACUGCUAUUGCAUUUUGCCUAUGUAAAUAUUUACCAAAGGAUAACAGUGAAAUCCUGCAUAUGCCGGUGAAGAAUCCAACAGUAAAAAAAAAAAGAAAAAACUAAUUUAUAACUGGAUCAUUAAUGUGGAAGAAUUAUACACUGUCAGUCCAUCAAUGGAAUGUUAUACUAAUAAAAUUUGAAAUAAUUAUAAUAUAGUUACAUGUUUAAUAAAUGAAUGUGACUCAUA